CAGCGCGCCCGCCCCCGUCUCCCUCCUCUGCCUGCCCGGACUAGCAAGUGUUUGUGGGGCAGUGACACGUAACUUUGUCCGCUCUGUUGACGUGACCAGGCAGGACACCUCCACCUGGGGCAGGGAGAGCAGAGAGAGGAGUUUUUUCUGACCUCGCUGUACCCCAACUAAAACCGGUUAAUUAUCCACGUUUCCCAGCAUGGAGGCGAGGGACGCGACUGCAGGUGCUCUUGUGGGCAGUGAUGGAGAGGAGCAAACUGCAAAGAAGGAUGCAGCUCCUGCAAAAGAGAAACCAGACACCAAGAGUAAGAUGGAGAGGCUCUUCGGGUUCAAGAAGGAGGACCUGACCUCCUGGAGCAGCUUGGUGGCCCUCCUGAACCGCCCCACUGAUCCUGCAUCUCUGGGCAUCUUCCGCUGCUUGUUUGGUUUACUGAUGGCCAUCGAUGUCACUCAGGAACGUGGCCUCAGUCACCUGGACUACAAGUACCUGGAUGGGGCCCCUGUGUGCCGCUUUCCCCUCUUCAACUUCCUGCAGCCGCUGCCACUUGACUGGAUGUAUCUGGUGUAUUUGGUGAUGUUCCUUGGCGCCUUGGGCAUCAUGCUGGGCUGUUUCUACCGUUUCUCCUGCCUCAUGUUCAUCUCGACGUACUGGUACAUCUUCUUUCUGGACAAAACGGCCUGGAACAAUCACUCGUACCUCUACGGCCUCAUUGGAUUUCAGCUCACACUCAUGGACGGCAACAGAUACUGGUCGAUCGAUGGACUACGAAGGCCUUCUAUAAGAAACGCUCACGUGCCUCUGUGGAAUUACACUCUGCUGAGGACACAGAUAUUUAUCGUGUACUUCAUUGCUGGAAUCAAAAAGCUGGAUGCUGAUUGGGUGGAGGGUUACUCCAUGUCUUACUUGGCGCACCAUUGGCUGUUUGAUCCUUUCAAAGUGAUCCUUCCUGUGGAGUUGAUCAGCCUGCUGGUGGUGCAUGGAGGCGGGCUCGCUCUGGAUCUGAGCGCCGGCUACCUGCUGUUUUUUGAUGCCACUCGACCUUAUGGAAUUUUCUUUGUCUCCUACUUCCACUGUAUGAACUCUCAGCUCUUCAGCAUUGGGAUGUUUUCCUACACAAUGCUGGCCACCAGCCCUCUCUUCUGCUACACCGACUGGCCCAGAAGAUUCUUCGCCCGUUUCCCAGCAUUCCUCAGGGCGGUCCUGCCACUCACCUCACCGGACCAAUUACAGCCCAGUGCAUCCUGUGUUUACCCUGAGAUCAGCAGCACCAGUACUGAACGCCAGGAGCCCCCACGUGCCCCCAAAGCUCCAAAACUGAGAUUUAAGCACAAGCUGGCAGCCAUUUUUACUGUUCUCUACAUAAUGGAGCAGUUCUUCGUGCCGUACUCCCACUUCAUCACAAAGGGUUACAACAACUGGACCAAUGGCUUGUACGGCUACUCCUGGGACAUGAUGGUUCACUCCCGCAGCCAUCAGCAUGUUAAGAUCACCUACAAAGAUGGACAAACUGGAGCCAUUGGAUAUCUGAACCCAGGGGUGUUCACACAAAGCCGACGCUGGAAAGACCACGGCGACAUGCUGAAGCAGUACGCCACAUGCCUCAGUCAGCUGCUGCCCCGCUAUAACAUCUCUGAACCUGAAAUCUACUUUGACAUCUGGGUGUCCAUCAAUGAACGCUUCCAGCAAAGGAUCUUUGAUCCCCGCGUGGACAUUGUGACAGCUGAUUGGUCGCCUUUCAAACCAAACCCAUGGCUGAUGCCUCUGCUGGUGGACCUCUCGCCCUGGAGGACCAAGUUCCAGGAGAUUGAGGGCAGUUUGGACAAUCAGACUGAGAUUGUCUUCAUAGCUGAUUUCCCAGGACUCCACUUAGAAAACUUUGUAAGUGAAGAUCUGGGCAACACCAGCAUCCACGUGCUGCAGGGCAGACUGAAUGUUGAGGUAGUGGAGGAGAAGAAGAACUACACUGUUCAGCCUGGUGAGCAGAUAAAGGUGCCUGCUGGGGCUUAUCAUAAGGUGUACACCGUGUCUGAGGACCCUUCGUGCUACAUGUACGUCUACGUCAACACCACAGAGGCAGCACUGCAGGAGAACUUCACCAAGCUGCUUGAGAUCCAAGAGCGUGCUCGCAAUGGGACAGAAACCGAGCCGCUUCCUCCCGAGCUGCAGCCUCUUAUUGCUGCAGAAGGCGAGGAGGUCAACGCCACCGACCCGAUCGUGCAGCUGUUCCUGAAGAGGCAGCGCCGCAUGAAGGAGGUGAAGAAGCGCAGGGAGGCCGGCGUGCUGGAACGCUUUGAGCGCUUUGCUGUGAAAAAGUACUACACGAUACGCAGGGGAUUCUUGAUGACAGCCAUAGCUUUGAGAAACCUGGCAGUGGGUCUCCCCCCUCUCGAACAGCUGACAAGAGAAGUUGCCUUCGCCAACAUGAAAGCACCUCAGGCAGAUGGCAGCCAGGAGGAACGGCUGAAAGAUGAAGUCGGUCACGGAGAACUAUAAAGCUUCUGUCAGGACCAAAAUACUCUGUUGAAUUUGCCUGCAGUUGCUGGAUCACACAUUCCAGACAGAUGUGUUUUUACUACUGGACUGUUACUGGGACAUUGCUGCCCCACAAAUCAAUGGAUUUUUAAUUUUUUUUUUUACGCUUUUGGGCAUUUCGGAUUAAUUCCAAGUGAUAAGUCGUUAUCUUUUUUGAUAGCUUUUGUUUACGAAUCCAAUUCAUGUAUCUGUUUAAGCUGCAGCAAAAACCAAAACUGUAUGUAAACAGAUUCUCACUGCUUUGCUGUGCAAGAGUACAUUUCCAAUUUUGCUUAAGAUUUUUGUAAUUGCAGUAAUUAAUGCAUAAUGUAAUGUGACAUGACAAUGAAGAUCAUAUUCUAAAUAUGCUAAACUAUUACACUCUGAAGGUGCAAUAUGUAAGAAUGAGCCAGCUGUUGUAUCAUAUUCUAAACAAAUGGGGGGCAGCAUAUCACCAGAGGUAACAGCUUACUGCUGCUAACUGUAGCUGCCUUUGGCUGCUAACUUCAAAAGAUAUACAUAAACAUCAUAAAGUAAAAACUGUUAUUUCUUCACAUUCUGUUGCUAAUUUUAGUUCAUUUUUUAAAAAUAGAUUUCAGCUAAAAUGCUUACAUAUUGCACCUGGAAUGCUCCUUUAUUUUUUAAUUAAAAUGUGCAGCCAAUGAGAGAAGUACUGAACUGAUUUAAAGGGACAGGUUUCGUGGAACGUACUGACAUGAACAGAAUCAGUCAGAUGGUUGAUUAUUGGAAUUUGCUCUAAUUCCAAUGAAGCACAUUUACAAAUAUACUGUACAACAUGAAGAUUUGUAUUAACACUUCCUUGAACUUUUAUGCUAACCCUGUAAUGUGAGAAGAACCGACAGAAACACAAAACUAUUUUGAGCUCGUUCAGUCGACGGCCUUUUCUAGUCACUUUUUUAAUAAAGACCUGAUGGAUUCAA